UACAAUAAUAUUGGCAUAAUACGAGAGAAACGAUACGUACGAGAUGCAAUUAAUCCAUUUACUGCUUAUCGUAAACAUGAAUUCCACAUAAGAUACAGAUUUUCUAAAGAAUCUGUUAUGUAUGGACUACUACCUUUAGUUGUGAACAGUUUAACAAAUAUGCGAGGUCUUUCAAUCGAACCAGUUAUUCAACUACUAAUUUGUCUGAGAUUUUAUGCUACUGCUAGUUUUCAAAAAGUAAAUGGAGAUCUCAUAAACUUACCACAAUCUACAAUUAGCAGGAUUAUAUUUAAAGUAACUACUAUAUUAGCUACUUAUCUAAAUACUUAUGUCAAAUUUCCAACAAAUGAAGCAACCAUAGAAGAAAAUAAAAAUCUAUUUAAAGAAUUAGGCUAUGGAUAUGGAGCUAUUGGACUUCCUAACAUUAGUGGGGCAAUAGAUUGCACCCACAUAAGAUUAGUGAGUAAUAACUUUGGAGGAAUAGGUGAAAUGUAUAGAAAUAGAAAGGGAUAUUUUUCCUUAAAUGUCCAGGCUAUUGUAGGACCACGAACGGAAUUUUUGGAUCUUGUCCCCGAAUGGCCAGGAAGUCAACAUGACAGUCGAUUUUUCCAAAAUUUUCGAGUUUUUAUGCGGUUUCAACAACGUGAACUAACAGGAAUGUUAGUUGGAGAUUCAGGAUAUCCCUCUCUCAUAUUUCUUCUAACACCGUUCAGAAAUCCACAAAAUGAUGACGAACACAGGUAUAAUGAAAUUCAAUCACGAACACGAAUGGUUGUUGAAAGAACUUUUGGAAUAUGGAAAAGGCGAUUUCCUUGUCUAUCAAGAGGAUUAUCAUUAAAACAUAUUAACAUGUACUAGAGUUCUAUCAGCUUGUGCAGUUUUGCAUAAUUUAUCACUACAUUACAAGGACGUUCUCCCAGAGGAACCAGAACCUAAUGUAGCAAUUGAAAAUAAUGAAGAGCUGCCCUACAAUGAACCUCAUGGGCAACCUGGUGAUGGUCAUGUUAUUAGGCAAAAUGUAGUUCGAUAAUUAUUUAAUUAGUAGUGAAGCGGAAUGGAGCAAAUUGGCGUCGCGUCAAUAACAGGCAACUAAAAAUAUUUUACAGGUAAUUAAAAAUAUUUAAUCUUUUUUUAAUCGAGCAAAGACAUAAUACGUCAAGUUGUUUCCGUUUUAGUGUAAACAACCGGAAUUUCAUUUAUACUACAUACUAACAGAGUUAAGAUGGUCGCCUAAUUUAAUAAGCUGUCGUAAAGAUAAAACGUCUUGUUCCAUGAUGACCAAUUUUGUCAAUGUAUUGAAUACAAUUUUGUUCCGCAACGAAAAAAUAGAUUUGGGAGAGUUCAGUUUUACACACAUUCCCAGCAAACAGAACAUUGUAGCAAUAUUGCGACAAUUUUGUAAUAUUGCUGUAAUAUUGCCACAAUGUUAUAACAUUGCCGCAAUGUUGCUGCUAUGUUCUGUGUUUACUGGGUUGGCAGUUGGAUCGAUAGUUAUCCUUUGGAGUGCCCGAAGAACAGAAUUGGAUCUUUAUUGGAGAUGCUCGCGACUAUUUUUGAAAAAUGUAUUGCACUGCAAGUUUCUUGUAAUAAUUCGAGUCGGUACGUUUUUGUCUUUUAUUUUAGAUAUAUUAAUCUCAUAAUUUUUUUCGAGCUACAUUUUCAAGUUUAUGUGACGAACACUUGCUAAAAUUUGCUUGUAGAUGGUGUCAAGAAAAUGUUGGACGCAUUAUGGUGUGUCGUCGCAUCUCGAGUUCGCCAACUUGUUUUCGAUCCCGUGCUCUCUGGUUACAAUUAUAAAAUUAGCUGCGUUCAGUGCGGAGAAUGCAGCGGUAGCAGCAUUGAUAUUUGUGAAAAACAAGGUAAGAAUAUUUUAUCCAAAUAUCAGUAUCUAUUUUUUGAAAAAAUAAUAUAACAAUAAUAAAUUGCUUUGUGUCUUUAGAAUUACCCAAUAUUAUUUCAUGUCGAUUCUCGAGAAUAAGCAAUUUGUUGAAAACUUGAAGAAGGAAAUUCCAAAUUUUGACACUAUUUUUAUCCAAGUUUGUACGUAUUUAUCGUUUAUUAUGUUACGAAAUAAUCAGAGCAGAGUUCAUAAAAUUUAUAUUUUAGGUUUGGAUAAAAUGUUCCAUUGUCAGUUACGACACAAACAGAAAAGAUGUAAAGAUUCUGCAAAACUACAUUCAGUCUCAGUGAGAUCAAGAAGAUGGAUACAUGUCAUUUACAAUAGAUUGAAUUGCGAGCAAGUUGAAAAGAUUCUAAAAGCACGCGGCAUUAAAGGUGGCGAUGACGAAAAGAAGAAAGAGACAUGAUCUAAUGAGAAGUCAGUGGUGUAAUGCGUUUUAAAUGCGUGUGGGAGAAAUGAGAAUUGUCAUUGUGCGAUGUUUAUUUCAAUGUAACUUAUAUUUGGUUUUAUGUUUACAUAUCACAUAUCAAACUGGUUUACAUAUCACAUAUCAAACUGUUAUUACAUAAUUACAUAAAAAAAACGAGAUCAUCUUUGUCAGCAUAUACAUAUUAACUUAGUAUGUAAUUAAUAAUUUUAUAUUUUAAUAAUAAAAUAAAAUAAUAAAACAAAGUAAAACUUAAUAUCUCUUUAAAUAACACUUAUGCGUGCGCUUGCAAUUAAGCAUUAAACAUCAUCCGAAACGUAAUGUUCUCCCCUAAAAUUUAAAAAACAUUUUAAAAUAGAAUUAUUUUGUUUGAAAAAAUUACUUACAUCUCUUUUUGAGCACGAAACUUUGCUAGCUUGUAUUUCUCUUGCAACUCCUUUUUUUCCAACAAUAAGCUAAUUACUAUC